AUGAGGCUCCUCUCCGGCGCCAGCCUCAUGACGUGUGGCCUGCUGCUGCAGCUCCAGGCCCUGUGCACGCUGGGCCUCGCCCCCCACGCCAGAGGGCAGCUCUGCCGGACCCGGCCCACGGACCUGGUGUUUGUGGUGGACAGCUCGCGCAGUGUGCGGCCUGUGGAGUUCGAGAAGGUGAAGGUGUUCUUGUCCCAGGUCAUUGAGUCGCUGGAUGUGGGGCCCAAUGCCACCCAGGUGGGCGUGGUCAACUAUGCCAGCGCCGUGAAGCAGGAGUUCCCACUGUGGGCCCACGGCUCCAAGGCCUCGCUGCUCCGGGCCGUGCGCCGCAUCCAGCCGCUGUCCACGGGGACCAUGACCGGCCUGGCCAUCCAGUUCGCCAUCACCAAAGCCUUCAGCGACACCGAGGGGAGUCGUGCCAGGUCCCCCGACAUCAGCAAGGUGGCCAUCGUGGUGACGGACGGGAGGCCCCAGGACAGCGUGCGGGACGUGUCUGCACGGGCCCGGGCCAGCGGCAUCGAGCUGUUUGCCAUCGGCGUGGGCCGCGUGGACAAGGCCACGCUGCGGCAGAUCGCCAGUGAGCCGCAGGAAGAGCACGUCGACUACGUGGAGAGCUACAGCGUCAUCGAGAAGCUGUCCAAGAAGUUCCAGGAGGCCUUCUGCGUGGUGUCAGACCUGUGUGCCACAGGAGACCAUGACUGUGAGCAGGUGUGCCUCAGCUCCCCGGGCUUCUACACCUGCACCUGUCGGGAGGGCUUCACCUUGAACAGUGAUGGCAAGACCUGCAAUGCCUGCAGCGGCAGCAGCGGCAGUUCAGCCACUGACUUGGUCUUCCUCAUUGAUGGAUCCAAAAGUGUGCGGCCGGAGAACUUUGAGCUGGUGAAGAAGUUCAUCAAUCAGAUCGUGGACACGCUGGACGUGUCCGACAAACUGGCGCAGGUGGGGCUAGUGCAGUACUCGAGCUCUGUGCGCCAGGAGUUCCCGCUGGGCCGCUUCCACACGAAGAAGGACAUUAAGGCGGCUGUGCGGAACAUGUCAUAUAUGGAGAAGGGCACCAUGACCGGGGCUGCCCUCAAGUACCUCAUUGACAAUUCCUUCGCUGUGUCCAGUGGGGCUAGGCCUGGGGCCCAGAAGGUGGGCAUUGUCUUCACUGAUGGCCGGAGCCAGGACUACAUUAACGAUGCCGCCAAGAAAGCCAAGGAACUUGGCUUUAAGAUGUUUGCUGUGGGUGUGGGCAACGCCGUGGAGGACGAGCUGAGGGAAAUCGCCUCAGAGCCCGUGGCAGAGCAUUACUUCUACACGGCUGACUUCAAGACCAUCAACCAGAUUGGCAAGAGGUUGCAGAAUAAGAUCUGCGUGGAGGAGGACCCGUGUGCCUGCGAGUCCAUUGUGAAAUUCCAGACCAAAGUGGAGGGGUUGCUGCAGGCCCUGACCAGGAAGCUGGAAGCUGUGAGUAAGCGGCUGGCCGUCCUGGAGAACAGAGUCGUCUGA